AUGCCUAAUCAAUCUCCCCUUCUACUGCCUGCACCAACUGGAGUAGCAACAUUCAACGUAGGAGCAUCGACUAUUCAUUCCAAGUUGAGAAUUCCAAUAAAAGAUUUUGCUCAAUUAGAAGGAACAAGGCUAACAACUUUCCAAGAAGAACUAUCACAUGUGAAGUAUAUAUUGAUUGAUGAAAUGAGCUUCAUUGGAGAGAAGUUACUUGAGAACAUCGAUUCCUGUCUUCGUCAAGCAUUCCCACAAAAUUCAGAUCUAACAUUUGCAGUUGGAGACCUGGGUCAGCUACCUCCCGUCAAAGACAAACCAGCAUAUGAGAGCAGAAGACGAGCAAAGAUUCUAUGGAAGGACUUAAAAAUUGUGGUUACCUUAGACAAAGUUUUUAGACAAGAUGGAGAAGACGUUGAACAGAUUCAAUUUCAUCAACUGUUGACAAACUUGAGAGAAGCACAACCUACAAUUGAUGACUGGAAGAUGCUCAUGUCAAGAACAAGUAGUAAUAUGAGUUCAACAAUCAAUGAAGCCUUUGAAAAUGAUGUUCAUUUGUUCUCCAUAAAUGAUAAUGUUCAGAAUCAUAACAGGAAAAAAUUAUAUUCUCUCAAACAACCUGUUGCAUGUAGCAUUGCAAAAAAACUUGGAACUGUUAAUGCAACCGAUGGAAGUUCUCAUGACGAGCUCGAUAUGGAGUUAUUGAUUAGCAAAAAUGCAAGAGUUAUGCUAACUUCUAAUCUCUAG